CAACUAUAUACAAAACCGAAACUUUGCAGGUUAUGUUGCAAUGAAAAUUGUUUUCCAAGUUUUAAUAUUUUACCAGAAUACUAUGAAGAGUCAGCGCACCCAAUAAAGGAUGAAUCUGCCACACAAUAUCGAUUUCAAUUAUAUAUUUUCUCACUGUGAUCAGUCCAAAUUCGAAAUACCUCAUUACUAUGAUAAGCAAAACUGGGAACUCGGUGAAACAUACAGAAUGCGUGUAAGUAAUAUAUAUGACCCCUCAAAGUUUUGGAUAGUGGUGAAGGAGCAAGAACUGGACGUAUUUCAAAGGUUUCUGGCAGACUUUUAUAAUAAAUAUAGCAGUCGUUAUAAAAUGUCUUUAAACUCCAUUUCAGAAAACAUGUACUGCACAGCUUUUACAGAAAAUGCAUUUUACAGAGGACUCAUUGUUAGUAUACCACAUUCACUUACGCUAGAUAAAAAAGUAAUUGUGUUUUUGUUCGAUUUUGGGUACACGUGUAUGGUCAACUUGGAAGAUAUAUAUUAUCUUUCAGAAAAAUUUUAUGAAGUGCCUCGUUUUGCUGUUAGGGCGUCAUUAAGUGAUUUACAACCACACAGUGAACAUGUCUGGAACUAUGAGGUUGUUAAACGGUUCGAUGAACUGGUUUCGAAGAAAGUGUUGAUAUGUGUAGUGGAAUGUACAGAUCCUAGCCGUAGAAUCGUUUUCAUAAAAGUUGGAAGUGUAAAGGACGAGUUGUCUGAUGUUGUGGAUAUCGGUAUAACUUUAAUUAGUGAGAAACUAGCCAGAAGCACAUCUUCAAAGAAAUCUACAACAAAAAUAAAAAAUAACAGCAGGUACAUCCCAACUACGAACUAUCCUCAUCUCUUUCCGUCUUUCGAAGCCAUUGAAGGGGGAAUUGUACCCUCUUCUGUGUACAUAUCGGAAAUGCUUAGACAGUGCGUGGCUAGGGAUGUCCUAUUCAAGCCUUAUUUCGCAUACAAAGGCACUUCUGAAAAAUAGAGGGGUCGGUGUUGUAUUUUAAUUUGUUUUGUUUAAUAUUGCAGUUAUUUUUGAUAUUAUGUCUCAGGGUAUUAUUUAUUUUAACACAAGGUCAUGUGCAUAAUACCAGAGUAUUUUAAAAAUAUCGUUACUUCCUAUUAUUUGCAGAAAUAAUAUUUAUUUUCUAUAACUUCCCAAAAUAUAUCUUUAAGUCAUUCGGUUUUUUAAUAUCUGCCAUUUAAGGAUGGAUUUUAUUUUCAUUGUGUACCUUUUUGACAAAUGACAAAAUCUUAGGUGUAACUAGAAAGUUGUUUUAUUUAGUGUUAUUUUAUAUAAAAAAUUUGAAAAUGUGAAUUAAAAGACAAUUUUUAAAGUUAUUUUAAAAAUAACACAUACA